CGACAAACUGGGUAUAAAACACGAGGUUCGAUUGGCUGAUUGUUACCUGCUUGAUGGCAAUUACAGUGAAUAAAAAGUAGUCCGGUCAAAAUAAUAGAUAUGAAUUAUAAUGCAACACUUGUGAUUAUAUAAAUAUGCUCUUUAAUUUUUUCGGCAAAUGAAUUUAAGGCGUUUGCACAGUGACAACUCAUAACGUACAAGAAGAAACGAUUUGCAAGACUGUAAGGCUGCAAAGCUCUAAGUCUGAAGCGACAGGGGGAAUUGAACAAUACGUUUUGAAAAAAUCUCACAAAUAUCGGUCAUUGACGACAUACAGGGUGUUCGGCAAAGAUAGCAACAGAUUUGUGAUAUUGACGUUUGCGACGAUGCCUGACGGUGUGCAGGAACAUGGUACUAACGGAUCUCGUGAGGAGGAAAUGGUUGAUCCACCUAUUAUGCAGUUCCACGUUCCAAUGAGCGGGAGCGAGACGUCCGACGCAGGGGAAGAGACAGACACCAAUGCCGAAAAUGCAGUUAUCCCACCAGCUGUUACAGAAACAGGGACAUGGCCAGGGUACAGAAAGAUUGCUAUAAUUGGCAUAGGUUGUCGAAUGCCAGGGGAUGUAAACGGUACUGAUGCUUUCUGGGACGUCAUUUCGAAAGGGAAAGACACAAUAACUGACAUCCCUCCAGACCGCUGGUCGACCGAUGCCUUCUACAGUCCAGACCAGUCUAAGUCAGGUACCCACGUGACAAAAAGAUGUGGAUUCAUUAAAGGUAUAGAUCACUUUGAUCACACAUUUUUUAAAAUUUCUCCUCGUGAAGCCGCUAUGAUGGAUCCACAACAGCGUCAUACUUUAGAAGUGACCCAGGAAGCAUUUGAUGAUGCUGGGAUUGAUCCAACAACUCUAGACAAACGAUGUGGAGUCUACCUGGGAAUAGGAAUGAUGGACUAUCCUACCAUGAUCGUUAAUGAUAAAAAUCUCAUAAACGCCUACACUCAUACUGGCGUUGCGCACAGUGUGGCGGCAAAUCGUAUUUCAUAUGCAUUUAACCUGAAAGGGCCAAGCUUUGCUGUUGAUACUGCCUGCGCAGCUUCAAUGACAGCCCUCCAUCUUGCAUGCAGCGGUCUUUGGAACAAAGAAUGUGAAGUUGCAGUUGUGGGGGGAAGUAAUGUCCUACUAACUCCUGAAAUAACAGUUGGAUUCAGUCAACUUGGAGUCCUUUCCCCAGAUGGAAAAAGCUGCCCAUUUGAUGCCGAUGCCAAAGGUUAUGUCAGAAGUGAAGGAUUCGGAACGUUGAUUCUCAAACCACUAGAUGAUGCUAUUGCGGAUGGAGAUCAUAUCUACUGCUCAAUUCUUGGAACAGCAAUAGGGGAUAAUGGACAGAAUCAAAGCAUAACAAUGCCAUCUACCACAGAGCAGCUUCAGAUGAUUAACACAACAUACUCAAGGUACAACAUUCCUAUGGAAAAUGUUUCCUACGUAGAGGCACAUGGCACUGGAACCCCCGUCGGUGAUCCCUUGGAGGCCAAUGCAAUAGGCAACGCCUUCAGACCACACAGACUGACCAGUGACAGACCUCUGCCAAUAGGUUCCUGUAAGAGUAACUUUGGGCAUAUGGAAUGUACAGCAGGUGCAGUAAGUACCAUUAAAGGCGCCCUCAUGUUGCAUAAUAGAAUUCUUUGCCCAUCUACCAACUUCGAAAAGAUAAACCCAGCAAUAGACUUGGACAGUCUAGGUAUCAAAAUACAGCAGGAAGUAGAACCUCUGACUAGGAACAGGAAACAUAUCAUGGGUAUCAACAGUUUCGGCUUUGGUGGUGCAUUAGCUCAUGCAAUCAUUGAAGAAUAUACAGCCGAGGAUACACCAUGUGGAUCGGCUGGAUGGCGAUUCGGAGAAGAUGACACAGAAGGACUGUCGAUUGCAAUACCCCUUUCAGCAAAGAACGAUGCUGGGUUAAUUGACCUAGCCAAAGAAUGGUUGAAAUUUAAAUCAGAAAAAGAUGCACAGGUCAUCGUGUCGUGGCUGGCCACUCGCCGACCUCAUUAUGAGAGCCGAGUAAUCCUGAUAGCCAAUUCUGGAAAAGAUUUUCGUGACAAACUGCAAUGUUUCAUAGAUGGAAGACCACAAAGUUCAAUCUCAGGAAAAGCAACUACAGGUGAAGGUGGAAACAAAAGGGUAUGCUUCGUCUAUCCAGGGCAAGGCCAACAGUGGGCAAAAAUGGGCGUCCCUUUAUACAAGAAAGAGAAGGUCUACCGCGAUUGUAUCAACCUAUGUGAUAUGAUAUUCAAGAAACUGAGUGGCUGGUCUCUUCUCGAAAAGCAUGGUGUCUUUACAGAUCAACCAAAAGGAGGUCGCUAUCUCUAUCAAGUCAUCAACGACACAGAUGUUUCUCCCCCUGCUAUUGUAUUCCACCAGAUUGCCCUGACGAAGUUAUGGCUGUCGUGGGGUGUCUAUCCACAAGCAGUUGUGGGACAUAGCUUGGGUGAAGUAGCGGCAGCAUUUGCAUGUGGUGGUAUAACCCUAGAGGAAGCAAUUGCUAUAGCUCUGUACAGAAGUGAGGAACAGGCGAAGCUGAGUGGAAAUGGGGGCAUGGCUGCAACUAGAAUAUCUGAAGUGGAGGCUAGAGCAUUUUGUGAGAAACAUGACGAUAUAUAUGUCGCCUGUGUCAACUCUCCAUCUUCAACAACUAUAGCAGGAAACCUGCUUACAAUUGAAAAACUUUCGAAAGAAAAUCCUACUACUUGGAAGCAACUUCGAGUCAAUUGUGCCUACCAUACCCAAUAUAUGGAACCAGUUCAAGAAGGUUUCACCAAACGACUGAGCAAAAAACUACGAAAUAAGGUGAAACCAAAGAUCCCAAUGUUUUCUACUGUGACUGGUGACAAAAAAACAGGCGGAUUUGAUAUUAAGUACUGGUGGGAUACCAUCAGGAAACCAGUUUUAUUCCGACCUGCAGUUGAAAAACUGUUAAAUGAGAAAUUUGAUGUCUUUGUCGAGUGUGGAGCAUCUGCCACCCUCUUGACAUCAGUCAAAAAUUCAGCACAGUCUUUACACAUGCCAUACCCAAUCUGUAUCACAUCUGGACAGCGAGAACAGGACAAUUUAAACAGUAUGUUAACUGCAGUUGGCAUGCUCCAUGUGAACGGUGUGGAACUAGAAUGGGGGAACAUAACUGGCAACUGUCAACAAUGGGCUCCAUUGCCACGCUACCCCUGGCAACAUCAAACACAUUGGGCUGAAGCGGAAACCAGUAGACUGCGACGAUUGGGCCUCGUUCAAAGUAAUUUCAAAAACAGCAAUGGGAAAAUAUCGCUGAAGGAAUUCCCAUUUCUAACUGAUCACAAGGUCUUGGGCAAUGUUACCUUUCCCGGUGCAGGGUACAUUGAAUACAUCACACAGGCAUGUAUCGUGGACGAUGAACAUGUAUCAUUCUCUGAUAUAAAAUUCAAGAACGUGCUUGUUUUUGGUGAACAGAACAAAGAAAAAGAUGUCCACUUAGAACUAUCCAGGAAAGGUGAUCGGGUAUCAAUUUCCACCGGCAACACAGUCCACAUGGAAGCUAUCAUUAAUACGACUAAAUCAGAGGCGGGUUCUCCUUGUCAGUUUAAGUUUGAAGAGACAGAGUCUAGUUUGGCUGGUUCUCUAGAAGUUGGCAAAGGAGACAUAUAUGCUAACUUCGAACGUGUUAAGCUUGAGUAUGGACCUGCCUUUCAAACACUACAGAAGGUAACAUUAUAUGAUGGUAAAGCGGUAGGAGUGAUUCAAGGGGAGCGAUACCACGAGGAACGAAUCUGCAGCAACAUUCUUGAUGGAUGUUUUCAACUUGCUCUGGUUGCGAGUCAAACUAAUUCAUCUGCUUACAUACCUGUUAGCAUUGGCUCACUAGAACUAUUCUGUCCUAAGGUCACAUCGGGCUCCCCACUCCAAGCUUAUGCCAAAGUAACAGAUGUAAACUCAUUCACACUGACUGCAAAUAUCAGUGUAUUCUCAGAGAAUGUAGAAGUUAUCAGAGUCACAGAAAUGGUAGCCCAGAAUAUGGAUGGAGCAACACCUGCUGUAGACAUCAAUGAAUGUGUCUACACCACAUCCUGGCAACCAAUAGCUGCAGACCUGGGGACAACUUAUAUUGCAAACGAUAUAUUCAAUCCCAAGAACCUCAAGGAAAAGUAUUCUGAAGAAAUGAAUCACAUUGAAUCCCUUGAUCCCUACAUGAGAACAAUCAGAGGAAUUUGUGCAAGCUUUGCAAGAAGAGCAUUGGAGUCGGUCCCUGAACGUGAAUACCAUGAGCGAAAUGGGCUGUAUGUAGCAAGGCUGAAACAGAUUAUCAAAGAAGAUGACGUGUGUUUGCCUAUUGACGAGGUUGGAAACAAGAUGCGGGAUAUUGAAAACGCCUGCCCAGCCUUCAAGACUGAAAUCAAACUAUUUGGAACGCUGGGAGAAAUGCUACCAGAAACUCUUCGAAAUCCAAACAAAGCUGUUGAAGUGUUGUUUGGAAAAGAGUUUCUUCCAAAGUAUUUCAUUGAUUCGCUUACCACUAGAUUGUACUACCAAACAGGCUCAGAGAUAGUUAGUAAGGCAGUUGAUCAGGCAUUAGAGUCGAAGAAGAUUGUACGAGUCUUAGAAGUUGGUGGUCGCAUGGGUGGACUGGCUCAGUAUCUUCUUAAACCACUCCAGAGUUUAAUCAACGAUGGGAAAGUUGAAUAUACAUUCACCGACCUGUACUCAGUGUUCUUUCCACAUGCUCAACAGACAUUAGGCGAGUUCUCAGGAGUUCAAUACAAAGAACUCGACAUUGAACAGAGUGUUGCAACUCAAGGAUUUGUCCCUCAUACCUAUGACAUCGUCGUAUGUAUGGACACUCUUCACUCAGCAGUGGAUUUGGAAAAUGGAUUAUCCAAUAUGAAAGACCUCUUGUGUCCAGGGGGUUGGCUGGUGAUGUAUGAAGCAACUAAUUCAGCUAACAUUGCAGAAAUCACAUUUGGAUGUCUUGAACUUUGCUGGGUGUUUGAUGACUUCCGAAAAAAUACGUGCUGGCUUGACAAGAUGGGUUGGGAGAACCUACUGGAAAACAAUGGAUUCAAAGAUGUGGUGGGUGUAUCUACACCGAACGAGUUUUUCCAUUCUAUCAUUAUCGGGGUGAAGACAGAUGAUAAAGACAUUCCUGCAUCCAGCAAUACGGUGGUACAUUCAGAACAACAUUUAGACAGUGAGGGAUGGAGAGAUCUUCAAUGUGAAAUAACCUCCAACAGAGCAGCCCUAUACAGUCACGUAGACAGUUCAUGUCAUUCAAUUGAUGUGAUUCACCUUUGGGAGAACACGAGUACCCUUGAGGACCUUGUAGAUAUAGUAAAACACAUGUCUAACAGUCCAAACUGCAAGAGCCUCUCAGUUGUAGUAGAGGAAGAUAGCAUUAGUGGAUCCAUUCCAACUGGUUUCCUGAGAGUUGCUGUGAAUGAAAUAAAACACCUUCCAAUGUAUACAUUCAGAGUAAAAGGACUUAAAAGAAAAGAUGCAAUGUCUCGGGUUAUUGACAUCAUCCGAGAUGGAAGUAUUCCUGACUCAGAGAUUAUGAUUGAAAAUUGUAAAAUAAGUGUCCCACGAGUUAUGAAGUCAGCAAUUGACAACUUAUCAUACAGAUCGUUGCCACAAAAACCACUGUCAAUGGGAGAUAUACGGAUAAAGGUAUCUGCAGCUGGGGUCAAUUUUAAGGAUGUCAUGAUGGCGACUGGUAAUCUUAAAGAUCUCAACAUUGCCCCUCAGUUUGGUAUUGAGUGUUCGGGUGUUAUCACAGAAUCACAUCCAUCGGUCGGAAACGUCAAAGUUGGUGAUAGAGUCGUAGCAUUUGCAAAUAACUGUUUUGCAUCUGAAGUAGUAUGUGACAGCAGACUUGUAGCCAAGGUACCAAAAGCGAUAGACAUAGAUGUUGCAGCAGGAAUGGGGAUCGUGUUCUCAACAGCUUACCAUGCCCUUGUUGAGCGUGCAAAUAUCCAAGAAGGGGAGACUAUUCUAAUUCAUUCUGCAUGUGGAGGUGUUGGUCAAGCUGCCAUACAGAUAGCAUCCCUGUAUGGAGCGAAAAUUAUCUGCUCUGCUGGUACAGAUAAUAAGCGUAACUUUCUGAAGGAACACUAUGGAAUUGAACAUGUGACUAAUUCGCAUUCUCUCAAAUUUGUUGAUGACAUUAUGAAGUGGACCGCCAACAGGGGAGUUGACGUUGUACUGAACUCACUGAGUGGAGAGUAUAUCAAGAAAGGAAUGGAUGUUCUUGCACAUGGUGGACGUUUCUGUGAGAUCGGAAAGCGAGAUAUCCUUGAGAAUUCAGAAUUAGAGCUGAACACAUUCCUUCGAAAUAAAUCAUUCCUUUCUGUCCAGCUUGAUGUCUUGAUGGUUAACAAGCCAGAGAAAAUGACAAAACUGCUCGAGAAAGUUAUGACACUCUUGGAUAAUGGAGACAUAAAACCAGUACAAACAGAGACCAGAAAUAUAUCCCAGUACAAGGAAACACUAAGAUGGAUGAUGACAGGGCAACACAUUGGUAAAGUGGCGUUAAAGAUACCCGUGGACUAUGCUCCCACUAAUGUUCUACCGCCUACAGACAUGUUUACUGAUGACGGCUGUUACAUGGUGACAGGGGGCCUUGGUGGUGUAGGUCUAGCUGUUGCUCGGUGGUUGGGCAACAAGGGAGCGAAAUACAUCGGCUUGUUAUCAAGGCAUAAAGCGUCAACAUUCCAACAGCGAUGCACGAUACAGCACCUUGAGAAUAUCGGGUGCAAAGUAAUUCGACUACAAGCCGAUGCGGGAGAUAAAACUGCACUAUCAAUUGCCAUUGGUAGCCUUGAAGAAGCAUCGAACAAACCUUUAAAAGGUAUAUUUCAUCUGGCUGGAAUCAUAGAUGAUUCGAACAUUCAGAAACUCACGAAUGAUCAAAUUAGACGGACACUGAACUCCAAAGUUGAUGGUGCAAGAAACCUACACGAACUUACUCAAAACAAAACAUUGGAUCAUUUCGUAAUGUUCUCGUCAAUAUGCACAGUAAUAGGGAAUAUGGAACAAGGUUCAUACUGUGCCGCCAAUGCCUACCUGGACAAGCUAGCUGAGCACAGGCGGUCGGUUGGUUUACCUUCAUUGUCAGUUCAAUUUGGGGCUAUACGAGGAGCUGGAUUCCUCGAGAGGAAUUCCAAGGUGACGAGCAUUAUGGAGACCAGGGGUCUGUUGUCGCUUCACAUCAACGAGUGUAUCACCUUUCUGGAGAAAGCUAUGAGGUGUCCCACUACUCCUGCAGCCAUAGGAUUUUCGAACUUGGACUGGAAUCUUGUACAGGGGAUGAGCCACCCUCGCCAUAUGCAAUUUCGUCACCUCCAAAAGGUCCAAAAUCAAGGAAAAUUGAAAUGCCAGAGUAGCAGAGAGGAACUUCAAGAAAAACUUCUUACCAAGCUAUCGGAGAUCUUAUGCACACCUGUAGAAACAAUAGACAUUAAUAAACCCAUGACGGACUACGGUAUAGACUCUCUCAUGGCAGUAGAAAUGGUCCAAUGGAUCAACAAAGAGUUGGGACUAAAUAUGUCUCAGCUGGACAUACUCGGGGGAAUAUCAACUGGAUUGUUAUUAGACAAAGCCCUCGAUGGGAAAGUUGGAUUAUCUGGCUAAGGUUAACGUUCACACUCAAUUGCUAAGCUGAACAUUUACUUGACAAAAUAACAUUGCUUAAAUAUUAAAUUAUUGAAUAUUAUAGCUAACGCAUUAGUGUAUGGAUGAUUAUUAUGAUUGUUAGAUAAACCUAAUCAACUACAUGUUUUGUACCCUAAUACGAAGCCCUGGAGGAAGUAGUCGUUUAUAUAUAUUCUCUAAAGGAUCAACAUUCUGGUUCACCAGUCUCCUCUUACCUUUCCACUUCAAGACAAAGGGGCGCGAUCUUUACACUCGUUCCAGUUGACUAGGUUUAUUUUUUGUAUAUUUCUAUGUUAAUAUUUUAACGUAUAUAUAUUUAUUUGUUAUUGUUAAUAUUUUAUUCAAGACAUUUUUGUAUGUAUAUUUUAAUAUUAUAUUCAGAUGACAAUUUUUUAACAUAUUUACAUCAAUAUCAUGAUAGUAACUUGAGAAUACUUUGAACAUCAACUUGUUACAAUAUUUCAAUAGCUGCGGACACGUUUUAUAUUUGUAGUCAAACUCGAUUACCAUACUAGUAUAACUAGUUCAAUUAACUAUACUCAAGUAGUAGAUAUUACAUCGUGGUUAGCAAUCUCUGUCUUUCUGGACAGGUCAUCACCUGCAGUGCAAUAGAUAUGAUAGAGAAAUGCUAUGAGCAUCAGAAUGUACAAAAUGUAGUCUAUACUUUAUUCUUUCUGAAAAAGUAAAAGUUAAUAUAUUUUAAAAUUAUAAAAUGGUUAAACUGUAAUGUCAAUGUUUUAAAAGUGUAAACUUAUUGUCCUCAAGUGACUACUUUUCCUAAAUGGAAUUGGGUUCUUUUAUAAGCAAGUUGAGAAGUACUGGAGUACCAUUAUAUUAAUUACAUAUUCAAUUUCUUUCGAAUGUAAGUAACUUCCUGUCGUAUCAUUACUUGUAUGCCAGUGUUUUCUCAUGUCUCUGUUUAAAUGCACAAAUAUAUGAACUAAGCUUGUAUUCGCGAAUGUAACUAACGGCCAGCGGUUACCGGAUUAACCUACUAUUUUAUGACCAAAACAUUUAAAUGUGAGUGGAAUAGUGGCAGGGACUAUUCAUAUC